AUGAACGGAUCUCCCACUCCUAAGCGAUAUUCAUCCAAAUCUUCAAGGCUUUACGACGAUUACUAUAACAUUCCGUAUCAAUAUUCCAAUCCAACUCCAAUGAAUAGAGACUACAAUGACGUAGGGUCACGUAUCAAUACGGAUAAAUUGGUGCCAGAGGAAUACAAACGGAAUACAGAAUUUAUUAACAAAGCUGUCCAACAAAACAAAGAACUGAACUUUAAACUGAGAGAAAAGCAGAACGAAAUAUUCGAACUCAAGAAGAUAGCCGAAACUCUGCGCUCAAAGCUCGAAAAAUAUGUUGAUAUUACCAAAAAGCUUGAAGAUCAAAAUCUCAAUCUACAGAUAAAGGUAAGCGAUCUAGAAAAAAAGCUAUCUGAUGCUAACUCUACUAUUAAAGAGAUGAACUACUCCAAGGUCAAGGAUCCCAUGGUUGAUGAGAACUUUGUCUCCGAAAAUUACGAUAAGAUAAAUGUACCAAAGAACAGAGCUCCGGAUGCCACAAUUAAUCCUCGCUCAACCAACAAAGCCUCUAAUACUUCGGACCAAGAUAGCAGACUUAAAGCCAUCGAAAAAACACUUUCCGUUCUCACAAAUUAUGUCAUGAGGACGGAAGAUGGUAAUAACGAUAGAAUAUCACCCUUACCUUCCCCUUUAAAUACAAUAUCGCCAAUAAAUAAUCGUCUGAAUUUCCAAGAACCAAACAGAUACAACCCAACCCUUAAAGUAAAUCCGUCCGAUGACGAUAUCAUGAUGUAUGAAAGUGCAGAGUUGAAGCGUGUCGAAGAGCAAAUAGAAGAGCUAAAGAGAAAAAUACUUGUUAGAAAAAAACAUGACUUGAGAAAAUUGUCUCUAAAUAACCAACUUCAAGAGCUGCAAAGCAUGAUGGAUGGCGACGACAAUAUAAAACUUGACAGUGUUCCAAAGCAUAACCAUGCUACGCAUCGUCAUCCUUCCCAAUCCAGUCGCGAUUACUCUCCAUCUUCGGAUGCUUGCUUGGAAUGUUCUAAUGAUUUAUACGAGAAGAAUAGAGUCAAACAGGAAAAUAAUAUGUCAGAAACAUUCGCAACUCCCACUCCCAAUAACCGAUGA